AUGGAGGGUGUGGGGACCGCCGCCACAUUAAUCAAAGGCCUUGUUACUGUGCAUAAAACCCUAUCAAUUUGUGACGACUACUCAUAUCCAUCAUCGUAUUUGGCUACUGGUUCUCCAGUUACCCGUAUAAACUUAAUCCCCCUCCGCUGUCGUGGCAUUGAGCUAGUCUGCCAACUUUUUUAUAAUUGCUUGGUUGCCCUUUACAUAUCGGCACGCUACCCAGACGCCAAGACCGUAAGAGAUGAUCCUGCAUAUUCAAGUAUGAUAGUAGGAAUCAACUUUUCUGGAAAUCCCACUUCCACGCAUAGAGCUCUUAUUCUGACUUCUUCCUUUCUUGGCCCUCUCACUCCGCAUCGAUCAUCCGAUACACUACCAAUUCACCCUAACUCUCAUCCUUCUGACUAG